ACAGCGGAGCGGCGUCGGAGUGCGGGUCGGAGAGCCCCGAGCAGGACUUAGAAUAGGCUGACUUUUUUUUAUUUUUAUUUUUUAUUUUACCGUUUGGUUGCUCGUUUCCCUUCUACUUUCUUUUUUCUCGGUUUUUUUCCUUCUACCCCAACACUCUUUUGAGCUUUGCUCUCUUAUUAUAGAGAGUGACGAAAAAAAAAAGUAGAUUCGACUAAUACGAAUAAACCGCCAACCGCUUCUACAACCAUGGCAUCUGCGAGCAGCUCCGCGCAGGCCGCCUUCGGGCUGGGCCGGAGAAAGAAGAACCCCGGGCUCCUGGAUCAGAUAGGAAAGUUCUUUGGAGGGGACAAGAAAAGGAAGGGCAAGGGUUCUUUCCGAGGUGCUCUCUCUCCAGCCCCUCAGAAAGCGUCUGCCACCUCGCCACGCAAACGCGGAGCCGAGAACGCCGUGGUCCACUUCUUCCGCACGAUUGUGUCCCCUGCCCCUCCUAAAUCUAGGUGGAGGGGACUAGCUGCCAAGAUGGGCCUGGGCCAACAGAAGUCAAGCAAGAAGGCCAGCUCUGGGGACGGCAAAGGCACCCUGACUAGGAUCUUCAAAAUGUGAUGAUAUCAGCAGCAAAGGUAGCAGGAGUGCCUCCCCAGCCAAACGCUGAAGUCCCCUCCCGCCCCCGAAAAAAAAAAACGCCUUCCAACACCAAGAGGGUCGAUGUUUGAGAGCACAUCAUGGGGGGUGCAAACCAAAAAAAGGAAAAACGGAGGAAGUCUCGUCAUCCCCUCAAACUGAGCUGCCUUUUUUUAACACCCUAAUGUUUGCUAUUACCCCUCUUUUCCCUCCCGCCCCCCAAAAACAAACGCUCAUUCGGCUGAUCAGACAGCAACACAAUCUCUUCUUCGCCCUCCUCGUCCUCCCAACCGCCAAGCGUCGUGCAAAGUGUGUGCCAGUGUGAAAUAUCUGAGAUCCUGAAGCCGCUCAACGUGUGACCAGCCUGAAUGAUCUUCUUUCUUCCUGUGUGUACGGGUUACGUUUUUUUUUUUUAGUCUCGUCUUUGUUGGGUUUCUAACAGAAAGGUGGCCUUGACCCCCGAAGCUGAGGGUCACGCAGGCCGGUGCAAGUACCGCUGACUUGACCGUUAAUGCCGCUUGUUGAUUGGUUGAUUAGUACCAGGUCGCUUCUGGAUUGGAAGUAAUAAUAAUAAUAAUAUUUUUUUUCUUCUUAAAAAAAGGAGUCGUUUUCUGUCUCGUCUUUCUGUCCGUGUCAUUACCUCGAACAUUUCCUCUAAGCAUCGCGUUGUGAACAGUUUAAUCGCUUUUAUUAUUAUUAUCCUUAUUUUACUAGCGUCGUCUUUUCACGUGCUUCCUUCCCUCACCCCCUCGCGUGAAGCGUCCUGUUAUGAAUGUAAUGUUUUUAACUUUUAAGCUAGCUGGUGGUUUUGCGCGGGGAAAAAAAGAAACUGAGACGUACAUUUCCUCUUUAGUUCACUAACAUUUGACGUUUUCCUCCCACGUCUGUAACCGCGUCACUUGAUAGUAAAGUUUGAACGCUAAUGUCGGAGACGUGCUCAAUGCUUCCGUGUCGUCUGCUGCUGGCCGUGUUUCUGUCGCACACUUAGAGCUAAAUUCAGUUCCCGAAAUGUGCCUUUUCCUCCCGACUGCCAAAAAAAAAAACAAUUAGCUGUUUCCUUUUGGUGAGUGAAUAAAGAAAGAGAGCAACACACAGUUUUCACAAAGGUGCUCUGUGAUUAACUCUGUAAUGACACAAUAUAAAGUGUUUUCCUUACGAAUGUGUUGAGUUUUGUGUUAAAAAACAAAGACCAAUGAUUUUUUUAAAAAAAUGCUCCAUCUCUGUUGUUUUUUUCUUUUCUUUUGCUGAAUGGAUCCCACGAAUGAAUGUAAACAACUCCCCUUAUUACUGUACGUGUAAUAAAAACAUGACUGGCCUGUUAACUGAACAUAAAAAUAAAAAAUUAAAAACGCAUAAACCAA